ACGACUGGGGAUACACUUGACGCACAUCGCAACACCCGAUGCUAUAAGCUAGAGAGGUUGAUAAACUAAGGUAGCUUGGCUUUUGACAACUACUGUGUCGUCCGUCUUUUUUUUUUUUUUGUUUUCUUUUUGGAUACAACCCUAAGACAGAGAGCGACCGCCCUGGCCCGCGUAGAGGACCCGCUUGCCAUUUUCUCGUAUUUGUCUGGGAUGUAUGGAUGGAUAUUUGACGGAAUCUCGUCGUUGUUUGAGCCCGCCACGGGGCAAGCUAAUAACGGGGAGUUGACGAGCACGCUAGCACGGCGGCGAGAGAGCCACGGCAGACCGGUCAAGAGGAACUACCAGAGUGUUGAUGCAGCUGACAGUGUUGGCCAGAGUGACCAUGUUGCAGCAAAAAGACGAAGGCGAGAUGUGGUGAUAAAUUUUGUCAAGAAGACCGUGGCCAGGGUUGCAAGUCUGCUGCGGUUUCGCAAACCUGUGAUAUCGAGUCCUGAUGAGCACGGACGCUAUAAGGACACACAGUCUGACACUCUGGGAAUCGAUGAGCUGCGCAUGCCGUGGCUGAUGAGCCCUGACUGGAGAAUGGAUAAAACGGGUAUUGGAAUGAUCGAUAGGGCUACACCCAAGCCUUUCCAGGGCUCCUUGCUUCCUUUAACGAGAAAAUUCAGUGGGACGACAGUGUCUUCUGAGAGGAGAAGCUCCCUCCAACUGCUGCCUUCACGACCCGCUGUGAGUGUGGGAAUGCCCCAUACCGACCAGAAUUGUUGCAAUGGCUUUGGGCACAACCGCUACUCCAAGCCCAGCCUCACCGUUGAAGAGGCCAUAAAGCAGAACGACAAGGAGCGCUACAGGCGUCUACUGGAGAUGGUGACAGAGAAAUACAGCAAAAGCCAACCGCUACCUUUCAAUCAAACAAAACCACAAGCUGCAUUGUUGUCCCACGCCGAACACACAGUGACAAGGAAACCCUUUGAGUCGGCACCCAGAAAGAUGCCAUACUCCCGUAAAAAAAAAAAAAAAAAAAAAAGUUUUCUUUAUGCUACUUGCUCAGUGUAUAUAAAGCAAGUGAAUGGGCUAAUGAAUAUUGCUUGUGUUGGAACAGCUAACCCCAGUGUGGUCUCGUGGAGAAAUGCAUCUGUAAAUAAGAGCAGAUGGGGUUCCCUGCCUCUCAGCAAGUCUUACACAGGAAUACCGGACGGCAGCCAGCAUGUCAGCUGUGCAAAGAAACCGGUAGCCGAGUUGGACCUCUCCACAGAAGUUGCCACUCGCCUCAACCUAGUGGACCGAGUGACUCCUGCGGUCGGCCCGGCGGGCGCGCACACACACGCGGCACUUGUACGACACACCGAAGAUGAUAUACCCCGACUCACUAAGGAGAUGGCAGCGGAGGUGUUCCGUGCUCUGGCUCAGAGUGACCCCAACGUGGUUUUGAGUGCCGCUUUCAAACUGCGCAUCACGCAGAGAGACUUGGCCACGCUUCAGGAAGGUGGCUGGCUCAACGACGAGGUGAUCAACUUCUACCUUUCCUUGGUCAUGGAGCAGUGCUCCGACUGGGCGGAGGGGGCGCGGGUGUACUCGUUUAGCACCUUCUUCUACCCCAAGCUCUGUGGCAGUCCGGGCGGGCGGGUUGGAGGGCACGCCGCAGUCAAGCGCUGGACCAAAGCCGUCGACAUCUUCCUGUACGACCUGGUGCUGGUCCCGCUGCACCUGGGCGUCCACUGGGCCUUAGCUGUGAUAGACUUGAAAGCAAAGACAGUGAAGUUGUACGACUCGAUGGGCCAAAGACAUGACGACAUUUGCGGUCUUCUGCUCCUCUACCUGAAGGAGGAGCACAGAGCAAAGAAAGGCAGAGAGCUGGACAGUGCCAAGUGGACCGUCGGCUGCAUGCGGCCCACUGAGAUUCCCCAGCAAAGGAAUGGCAGCGACUGUGGCGUGUUUGCGUGUAAAUACGCCCAAUACGUCGCUAAAGGAAGGCCACUCACCUUCAGACAGUGGCACAUGCCUCUCUUCCGGAAGUUGAUGAUUUGGGAACUUGUACAUCAGAAGCUGCUAUAGCGAGUUCAUCGUGUCAACAUCAGACACCUGUGAAGGACUUAAAGUGUGAACGCACACAAUAUGUUGGCACAUAUUUGCCUGAUUAAUCUCUGAGUUGUAAUUGGAGACAUAAUUUGGAAACGCGCAACAAGCAUUGGCGUCCCUUUUAGUUUUUGUAGAAAGAUGUUUGUGUUGGAAGUACUGCCACAAGUGCCUUUCAAUAAUCUCACACUGAAACUGGAGCGAUUGACUGCAUACCGAGCUGUGUCAGGUCAGAUGUAAUAUGCAGGUCACCUCCGUUUUGUCACAGUCGAGACACUAAUUUAUUCAAGCAUUACUCCGCAAAAGUUGAAAGACAUGCAUGGUGAUAUUAUUAUUUAUUUAUGACAUGACUGAAUGAGAGUUUAUAUUUUUGGGUUUUUCCCUGAUUAGUAGGCAACUAAGAUGUCGGCAAAAUCUGCAUACAGUAUUUACUACAUAGCAAACUACUGUAUACAAGUGCAUGUUUAAGUUCAUGCUUUGAAAUGUGAUAUUUUCUUCCCCCUGAAAUAAAGUUUGU